GAGCCACAAGUACUGCUUGGAAAGGGCUUAGGUUGUUUCCAGGGGGAGAACUCUGCAGAGAAGAGGCAAAGUUCAACAGGACCACGCAAAGCAGCUGAAAACAGCCAGGAAGAGCAAGAGCCCUCCGCUAGCCCUCUCUACCAGAGUUCUCUACUCCUCCCUUAUUCUGCAAAGUACCACUUGACUGCAACUUUUCACCUGAUUGACUUCUGCAUCCACCAUGACUGAGAUCACCGCUGAAGGAAGUACAUCUACAACUACAGCUGUGAUAGACAACAAAAAUGGAUCCGUGCCCAAGUCCCCUGGAAAGGUGCUGAAGAGGACUGUCACAGAAGACAUUGUGACAACCUUCAGCUCCCCUGCAGCCUGGCUUCUGGUCAUCGCUCUGAUAAUCACAUGGUCAGCAGUUGCUAUUGUUAUGUUUGACUUGGUGGAUUACAAAAACUUUUCAGCAAGCUCCAUUGCUAAGAUUGGCUCAGAUCCUCUGAAGUUUGUAAAUGAUGCUGUGGAAGAAACCACUGACUGGAUCUAUGGCUUCUUUUCUUUGCUAUCUGACAUCAUCUCAUCUGAAGGUGAUGAGGAAGAUGAGGAUGCAGAUGAAGACAUUGAUAAAGGAGAAAUAGAAGAACCUCCCUUGAAAAGAAAAGAAAUACACAAAGAAAAGGCUGAAAAGCAGGAGAAACCUGAGAAGAAAAUACAAACUAAAGUUUCACAAAGAGAAAAGGAAAAGGGGAAAGAAAAAAUCAAAGAAGGAGAAAAACCUGAGAAGAAAGCAACCCACAAGGAGAAACUUGAGAAAAAAGAGGAAGGAGAGACAAAGACAACGGCAAAAGAAGAGAAGAAAGUUAAGACUAAGGAAAAGACUGGAGAACAGACUAAGAAGGAAAUGAAAGUUGGGAAGAAGGAGAAAGAGAAGCCAGCAGGUGCUAAAGUAAAAGGAACGCCUCCAAAACCACCACCCAAAGCCAGAGAGAGAGAAGAGACCACAGCGGUGCCUGAGCAUGAACAGAAAGAUCAGUAUGCAUUCUGUCGAUAUAUGAUUGACAUGUUUGUCCAUGGGGAUUUGAAACCAGGUAUUCCAAAAAAUUAUUAUUGUUUUCUGUUCUAAUAGCCUUUGUUUCUAAAACUGUCAGCUUUUUUUUUCUGUACUAAACUACAUUUUCAUUUAAAAACUUGCACAAUGCAUGCGCAGACCUAGAAUAAAGACAAUAAAAUGCAGAAAUAAUAA